AUGGAUAUCCCGAUUCAGAAAACCCUCGACCUUGGAUAUUCAGACAUGUUCGGUCGCGUUGGAGGGCAAACGCUUCGUUGCGCUGGGCGUCGCCCAGUCGCACGUCGGAGACUGUGUGCGCGCCAAUUUUCUGCGCAUACCGGUACAGGAGCCACGACUGCAGCAUCCGCUCUUUCACCUCUAGCAGGAAUCACCGCGGAGCUAGAUCGCAUUGCUCCCCGAUUCGAGGUGCCUGCGUCUCAGAUUCAUAUCAUUGACUCUCCGGCCAAUUUCUACUCUACAUUGAAGAAUAAAAUUCGCAAUGCCCGGCGGCGCAUUUACCUCUCUACAUUGUACAUCGGCAAGACAGAACACGAUCUUAUCGACACCUUGAGCCAGGCUCUCCGCGGUAAUCCGGAUCUCAAAGUUUCUAUUCUCACAGACGCUCUGCGCGGCACACGGGAGACGCCGAAUGCUUCAUGCGCAUCACUCCUUUGUUCAUUGGUUGAAGAGUUCGGACCUGAACGAGUCGAGAUUCGGAUGUUCCAUACUCCCAAUUUGACGGGUCUAAGAAAGAAGUGGGUUCCUUCCCGCAUCAACGAGGGCUGGGGCUUGCAGCACAUGAAGCUGUACGGGAUAGACGACGAGAUCAUUCUAUCGGGAGCAAACCUAUCAGAGGAAUACUUCACCAGCCGCCUAGAUCGAUACCAUGUGUUCGACUCCAAGGUGCUGACCGAAUAUUACGCUGGAAUCCACCAUGCAAUCUGCAGUCUGAGCUUCCAGCUCUCUCUCCCCCUUGACGAUCCUCAGAAGUUUAUUGCAUAUUCUUCGACGUUCUUGAGCCCGCUCAUUCAGGCUUCUGACAACAAACCUGCACUUCCCUCCUCAUCAAGUCAAACCUAUGUAUACCCUGUAUCGCAGUUUACUUCUCUCAUGCAACCCGAUGACACAUCUACCGAAUACCCUGCCGUGACAACCAUUCUCCAUCUCUUGUCAAGCUCAUCAGUCUUUGCCGGUGCUCGCUGGCUCUUCACAGCAGGUUACUUCAACAUGCACCCUGUCCUUUCCUCCCUCCUAAUUUCCAGUACAACCACCGCCUCGAAGACUCCUACCACCACAAAGGGUACCGUUUUGACGGCCUCGCCGUGGGCAAAUGGAUUCUUUGGCUCCUCUGGAAUCUCAGGAAUGCUUCCAGCCGCAUACACACAUCUCUCUGCCCGCUUCCUUGAUCGCGUCGCUGAUGCACACGCCACCGACUCCGUCCAACUGAAGGAGUGGCGCAAGGGCACCGUUGGCACGCCAGGCGGAUGGACCUACCAUGCCAAAGGUCUGUGGAUUACACUGCCGCGCGAGGAACACCCCAGCCUCACUUUCGUCGGUAGCAGCAACUUCACAAAGCGCAGCUACAGCCUAGAUCUUGAGUCCGGUGCGGUGGUCGUGACAAACGAUCCUGACCUCAAGCAGAAGCUAGGUGAAGAGACGGAGCGGCUUCAGAAAGAUGCCACCCCUGUCUCGAGAGAUGACCUGAUGCGAACGGAAAGGCGAGUCGGAUGGAAUGUGAGACUUUCCAUGUGGAUUGUAGAGAAGGUUGGCGGCGCCUUCUAA